AGCAUGUGCUCUCUUCUCUCCUCCCAGCAUUUUCAUGCUGGAGAGGAAACCUGGAGGGCAAACAUUGUCUCUGGACAACAAUUUAUUAAGGGAAAAAAGCUUAAAAUGGGUCUGUUGAGUUCUAAAAACCCUAAAGUCAAACAAGCCCAAAUUCUUCUUCUGGGACUUGACUCUGCUGGGAAGUCAACUCUCCUUUACAAACUCAAGCUUGUGGAGGACACUGUGACCCUCCCAACUGUAGGUUUCAACGUGGAGAUGAUCGAGCUGGAAAAGAGUCUUUCACUCACAGUCUGGGAUGUUGGAGGACAGAAGAAGAUGAGAACCGUGUGGGACUGUUACUGUGAGCGCACCGACGGGCUGGUGUACGUGGUGGACAGCGCAGAUAAACAGCGACUGCAAGACUCUCGGAGAGAGUUCAAGCGCAUUUUGAAAAAUGAACACAUUAAAAAUGUGCCCGUUGUUCUAUUCGCCAACAAACAGGAUGUACCUGGAGCGCUGACUGCCGAGGACAUCACCAGAAUGUUCAGAGUGAAGAAACUUUGCUGCGACCGCAGCUGGUACGUGCAGCCCUGCUGCGCCCUCACCGGGGACGGGCUGGCGGAGGGGCUCGGGAAACUCGCAGAGUUUGUGAGAAGCCGUGUGAAAUCAAGAGCAGACACUUCAGCAUUCUUCAAGCAGAACUAAAGUCUAAGCAGUGAAAGAUGGAGUUGAAAAGCAGGUAAGCUCCUGGGAGCAGGGACUUUUCUCACUGUUUGGUCCUGGAAUAGCACCAAGAAUGUAUUUCAAGCAUUUUGCAGAACAAAUGUAUAUAUGGUCUGGACCCUAACAUGAGGUCUUCUCGGCAUCCCAGGCUGCCUCUCGGGAUGGAGUGUUGAUCCAGUCAUGCAGAGUAAAAAGAAUGGCAGAUGUGGAUGGAGGACGGCGUCACUCUAACCUCUGGAUCCCAUUGGCAAGUCCCUCCCGCGGGAGCAAUGUGCUGGACUCAGAGGAACACGGGCCUUGGAGACAGAACUGGGUGGGAGUUCUGGUUGUCACUGGUUUUGGCUUUUGGGCAGAUUACUUCACCUCCAGAGACUCAGUUUUUUUUCCCUACUAGGGCAAGAAAUAAACUUUCUUUGUGUUAAGCCAUGGGGGUUUGGGGGUUGACCUGGACAUCACUGUUAAUUACACUAAUAACCUAA